GCUGCACACCGCCAGGGAGCUUCGUUCCGCUCUCUUGCGAGCGUUUCUGCAACAUUGUAAAUUUUUAGCGUUUUAAAAUUUUAGUGGCUACUGAACUAGGUUUUUUGUACGAAUUCGAACGAAGAACAAUUCAUUUCAAUCAGCAAACAACACUUACACCUAAGCCAAGUCAAACUAGACAGAAAAUGGAGUCAACAGACAUACUAUUGCCUACUGACAUACUGAAGACUACAAGUGAAGUAGCUCCCGUGGUGAAUACUCCUGCAGCUGCACCGAAAAAGACUUGCCCCUGGGGUAAUGCUGCCACAGAGGCGGUAUCAUUUGCUGAUGUCAUGAGUGAAGAGCUGGCACAUUCAUUGGAGAACGAGGAGAUUUUGGCAGCUGCUAGGAAUUCUGUGCCAAUCGUGGGACCUACGGAUCUAGAAUAUGCUGAAGGCCUUGAUGCGAAUGAUGACCAUGUGCUAGCCAUGCUCCUUCAGGCAGAGUUUGACAGAGAGCACGACUCGAAUUUGCGCAGGGAAGAGAGAAAGUACAAUGGAGAAAGUAAAGUGAGUGUGUGUUUCGACAACUACAAGCGCUUGCAAGAGCAUAUGCUCUCGGACUCGGAAGAUGAUGAUUAUGUUGAUGAAGGGGAAGCAAAGCACUGGGAUUCAUUUGAGCGAGCACAGAGAACAUCACCAGCUAUUGGUCGAUCAGGAAUUGCACGCCAGUCAGAUGGAGGCUUCACUACAAAGCAUGAUGCUACGGUGUGCGGCCGUCGUAACGCUUGUCGUGUCAUGGAGCUGCCUCCUGGAAUCUCUACCGGGGAUGGUGGCGGGUUUGAUAUGCGUCUCUCGAACAAUGUUUACAACUCGCUCAAGCUGCAUUCCACACAGGAAAGCAAACGAGCCGCGCGACUUCACGACAAGAAGGAAAAGGCCACGGCGGAACAAUCGCUGGACCCUGCUACACGACUCUUAUUAUACAAGCUCGUUAAUCGCGAAAUCCUAGACGAGGUGAACGGCUGCAUCAGUUCUGGGAAAGAGUCUUGCGUCUUCCAUGCUUCUGGGGGAAAGAGCGAAGAAUUCACUGUCCCACGAGAGUGCGUCGUAAAAGUGUUCAAGACAACACUGAAUGAGUUCAAGAAUCGGGAGCAGUACAUCAAGGGGGACUUUCGUUUUCGUGACCGUUACAGCAAGUUGAAUCCCCGCAAGUGCAUCCAUCUGUGGGCCGAGAAGGAAAUGCACAACCUACAAAAGAUUCAUCGCGCAGGUAUCCCUUGUCCUGAAGUAGUCAUUCUGAAGAAGCACUUGCUGGUAAUGUCCUUUGUGGGCCUUGACGGUGUCCCCGCACCAAAACUGAAGGAAGCACGUCUUAGCCACGACCAAGUGUCCAGUGCCUAUGCGCAGACAGUGUCCCUGGCACAAGCCCUGUACGACAGGUGCCAGUUGGUUCAUAGUGACCUCAGCGAGUACAACUUGCUGUGGCACCAGGGCCAAGUGGUAGUGAUUGAUGUGAGCCAGGCUGUAGACAGAAUGCAUCCGCACGCACUGGAGUUCUUGCUCCGGGACUGCACCAAUGUUUCUCAGUUUUUUCAGAAACAAGGUCUGACAAAUGUGCUGAGCCCGCGAGACCUGUUCACAAAAGUGUGUGGUCUGAACCUCCCAGGGGAAGGAGCUGAACUGCUCUCACAGAUCCAGAAUUUCGCGCGGAAGAAGCAGUUGCUAAUGCCAGAGAACCAGCAUAACUUGGACUUUUUUGAUACGCUAUUUGAAAAGUCCAUGGACAAGAAGUGCAGGAUUGGGAAUGAAUCUGAGCAGAGCAAGCAGUCCGAGUGUGAGGAGGGCAAGGACCUUUGAGAAGCCACUGCCAACUGUCAACACUGACAUGGAAACAAAAGCAGAAGCAGCAGCAGCCAACUUCUGAAUGUGUGAAUAAUACAGAAAGGAAGAUUUAAAGCAAGAUGAAUUAAGUAGAAUGCUUCAUUAUUUGUGGGUUUAAAAUCCACAUGGUGUUUCGUGUAAAUAAAAGGUUGAAAGGUUUUA